GGCCUCCUAGGAUUGAGCUCUCUGGUGCUGAGUUUUCUCCUCAGGGAGUGUCUGCUCUUCCUCUUCAGCAUUCCUCCCGGGAGAGAUGCCCCGACCCAUUCGGCGCCAGACCUGGGAUGGGGGAGAGCGAUCCCCUUCCCCAGGGCCCUCGGGCCCUUCGGCCCCAGCCUUCCCCACCCCUGCGCCCCCCGAUCUCCAGCUGGCCUGGCCCUCACCUGUUCCACCCUGCAUCCCCCGGGACACCCCCCGUGGUCUGGAGCCCCCCGCCUGUGCCCGAGGAGGGCCUCCCCCUCCGCCGGAGUUCCCAGAAAGGCCCAACCAGGCUCCCAAGGAGAAGCUGUUCCCGUGCAGGGUCUGCGGGAAGAGUUUCCGCCGUUCCUCCACCCUCGCCACCCACCUGCUCAUCCACUCGGGCACCCGCCCCCACCCUUGCCCCUUCUGUGCCAAGCGCUUCCACCAGAAAUCUGACAUGAAGAAGCACACGUUCAUCCACACGGGAGAAAAACCUCACCGCUGCGGGGUCUGCGGGAAAUCCUUCAGCCAGAGCUCCAAUCUGCUCACUCACAGUCGCCAGCAUGGGCUGGCCCGACCCCUCCCCCAAAACUUACACAUGGGUGUUAGCCCAGCAUAG